GAGAGAGAGAGAGAGAGAGAGAGAGAGAGAGAGAGAGAGAGAUGUCUUCCUCAGUCAGUGGCUCUAUCAGGAAGAGAAUAGCAUACCUGUCAUCUCCUGAGUUGGGAAUCCGGAUGGACAAGGCAAAAAUAUUGAAAUGGAAAUUCCUCCUUCUCUCUACCCUCAUCUUCAUCCUCUGGUACACUGUGAGGUCACCCAGGACGUACAGGGACAUCCCGCAGCCACAUGGGCCUCCGAAAACUUGCCCCUUGCGGAUCUCUGAGCAGACCAUCACCCCCCUCAACAAUACCAAGCACUUUCUGGUGUCAGCCUACAUGGACCAGAGAGAAAAAGGCUUGGAUAUACGCAUCAUUGGCAUAUUUAAGAGAGACUCCAUCCAACCCCUUUACUGUCUUUUCUGCUGCGCAGGCCAGUUAUCAAAUAAAACAAGUCCAGCAACAAUUUUACAGCACUCAGACAACUUUGGUUUUCCCUUUGUCACUACAGAUGUCAUGUGUCAGAUUCCUGAAAACUGCAUGGCGACACAUGUCAGUGUCCUGACUCAGCCAGACAGUGGGAUGGUAUUUAACCAGACCUUGCUUCCUAUUAGAAACCAGAAGACCAGUGAGAAGGAGGAGAAAAAGUUGCAGUUUGACUUCACUGUCUGCAUCUCCAACCUGUUUGGAGACUACAACAACGUACUUCAGUUUGCACAGACCCUGGAAAUGUACAGGUUGCUGGGUGUGGACAGAGUGGUGAUCUAUAACACCAGCUGCGGCCCAGACCUCGACCGCCUGCUGCAGAGCUACAGCCAGGAGGGCUUCGUGGAGAUGGUUCCUUGGCCCAUCGACCACCAUCUGAAACCAUCUCGAGGCUGGCUCUUCUCAGAGAGCGGAGGUGACGUGCACUACUUUGGCCAGCUGACCACGCUUAAUGAGUGCAUUUACAGAUCCAUGGACCGCUCACGCUACGUCCUGUUGAACGACAUCGAUGAGAUUAUAAUGCCAUACCAACACAACAACCUGAUGUCUCUCAUGGACAUGCUCCAACAGCAGCAUCCAAAUACGGGGGUUUUUCUCAUUGAGAACCAUAUAUAUCCCAAGAAACCCUUUGGGGGAAAUGAAAAGGGUCUCCUGCAUCAAUGGAAAGGAGUGCCAGGUUUUGAUAUUCUGGAGCACAUCUACAGGGAGGAACCCAACAGAAACAUAUACCACCCCCACAAGCUGAUAGUUCAGCCAAGGAUGGUGCAGCAGACCUCAAUACAUGAAGUGCUCAUGAAGUAUGGGGAAUAUUUUAAGGUCCCACCAGAUGUCUGCCGGAUCAUUCACUCGCCAAUAAGUAUGCCACGGCCACCGGAGCAGCUCCACCUGGAUACCCGACUGUGGGACUUUACAGACAAACUGCUCCCCAGUGUGACCACGGUGCUGAGGAGGGCGGGGCUGCUGGGGUCACAGGGGCAGGAAUAGGAGGUUGGUAGGUAACGUAUGAUGACGUCAUGUAGGGCUGAACGAUUAAUCGUUUUCAAAUCAAAAUCGCGAUUUCAAAGAAUGGGAUUAGCUAACCUUGAAGACUGCGAUUAAUCGAAUGUGAAUUAUUUUGAUUCAACAUUUCUGUAUUCCUCUUUUCAUUAUUAUAUUUACUGUUUUGUCAUAAGAUAAAUGCUGGAAUAAUGUUUUUAUGUAAAAUGUCCUAUUUUCUGUGGACUUUUCUUCUUUUUUUUAACUUUAUAGAACAUGAUCGUAGAAGGUGCAAUAUGUACCUGAAAAACAAUCACAAAUCGAAAUCUGGCAGAAAAAUUGCAAUUAGAUUUUUGCCCGAAUCGUUGAGCCCUAACAUCAUGUGAGGAGACUCUGCAUGCUCCAACUGAGUUUGGGCUGUUUUUUGUAAUCAAUGCUUGCAGGUGCUGGGAAGGGUUCUUUUUAACUCAUGUGGGCAACCAACACAGCUAGCAUCUCAAAGAAGGCCCACCAAGGCCUGUACUUUUUAAGGAGGCUGAAGCGGGCCAGCCUCAGACCUGCUGUCCUGACCUCCUUUUACUGGUGUGUAGUGGCUACCAUGACAUCCUCCAUCCCUGUCUGGUAUGGAAACUGAUCUGUGUUUGACACAUGAACUGUUCACCCCCCACCCCCUCAGGCAGAAGGCUGCAACAAGGCUAAGGUGCAGCUUCUUCCCAGAGGCUGUGACGCUUAUGAACUCAUAGACUUAAGUCUGUCCUCUGAUGCAGCAUUCUUUUAACUGAUGCUCAGUUUUUAACUGUGCUCUAUGUAUUAUAGGUUUUAGAUUAUAUUUAUUAUUUUGUUCCUUCAUGUUUUUAACAUGCUUGAUUGACAAUAAAACUACCUAAAUCUCAAUAUAAAUAGGAAUAUAUAUGAGAUAAAUGCCAUGAUCAUGUCAUGCAACUACUGAAUUAAGGUGCUGGCACUGUCCAAUUCAGGCACAGACUGCAACUAUAUUCCUAUAAUGCUGGUGAGGUUAGAAUUGAACAUUGCUGCUGUAACAUAUGAAAAACUGUGUGACUUGACAGCAUGCAACUGUAUCUGUGGCCUGUGGUUGCUGCUUCUAUAUUCAAACGGUUUAUUUUAAACACCAGAUUUGCAUGCAAGUGUGCAUGCAUCAGACAUACAGAAUUACAUAUGUAAGUGAGGAGAAGGAGGUUUUAACCUUUUAUAGUAACAAAAUUACACGUGUCAAACUUUCACGUUUAGGUUUGCUGUUAAUUUCAUAUGCACCUUGAAAUGGACUUGGUUAAAAUAAGCCAUUUAAUAAAUCAAAUUCCAAUAUGACUACGUAGAGAGAAAUUUACCUAUUUUGAAGAUGCAAGUUUCUCCGAGAAAUAGGUAAAAACUAAUAUAAAAUUAUUAAACCAUCAUCAUUCAGUAUAUAUAUUUCAAAUAUAAUAAUAAAAUGAAUGAUGUCUUUCUUUUUACUUGUUUUUGGCAGUAAAAAUGAAAUAUCCCCAAUGACCAAAAAGUAAACAUCCAUAUUGACUGACCACCCCCCUGUAUCUGCAUGAAAUGGUUUUGUCCUGCCUUAGCGCACUCAGUGACGGCUUUUAGUUUCAGUCAGUAGAUGCCCCAGAACUACAGUGACCACAAUGUUGUCAAGUAACAUUAAAUAAAAAUCUGGUUUUCAAAAGAGAGAAAAAAGAGAGAGGAAAGACAAAGGAAAGGGUGUCAAACUGCAACCCAGUUUUUCACCAAGAAA